CUCCAGCACCUCGGCAGCAGUGGAAGAACGGAGGUGAAAGUUCGUAGCGGGGCAGCUGUGCUGGAAAACCAACUUGAGAGAGUAAUAUGGGGGAAAAUCAAGAUUAUACCGUUUCUUUACAAGAUAGCAAGGCUGCGUAUGUACUCAGCAAUGUUGCUGAAGUAGUUGAGCGAAUCCUGACGUUCGUACCAACCAAGUCGCUUCUCCGUAUCGCGAGUGUUUGCAGGCUGUGGAGAAACUGUGCCCGGAGAGUGCUGAGGACUCAGCAGGAGCUGACUUGGGUGUCGGCAUGUGGACCAUCUAACACAGAUGCACAUGUCCUCUGCAGCAACCUGGCUGACGACGUGGAGAAAGUGUUUCUCCUGCCCAAAACUGUUCUGGCAAUGGUAGACUGUGAGGCCUUCAAUGGGCAAGGGUAUUGCUACAGACAGGGUAAAGCAAAGAAGAGUCGCCACAGUAUAGACACAGUUGAAGAACUGAACCUGCUCUUCCCCAAAGGCUGUGACAUCAUGGGCAUUGCUACACCAGGCAUAGUCUUGACUCCCAGUGGCUCUUGCUCCAGCCCUCCUCAGGAGUACCAGGAAGGGGAGGCUGGCUUUGCAAUCAUGUUCCCCACCAUAGAAGGUGUCCACAUCAAGCCCUUUCAUUUUUGCAAGAAGUCAAUCUCCACAACAGCCCUGAAAGAAGCAGGACUAGUUGACAACCCAGAGCUGCGUGUGGUCCUGAUCUUUUUCUAUGAGGCAUAUAAAUCUGGAGGAGGACGCUUUCUCAGCCAGAUACUGGAGCCGCUGGCCAAGAGCAAAGCUCUCAUUGCUGGAGGGCUGGUAGAAAGUGUCUUCUCUCCUACCAGACACUGCUGUAGCCAGGGUGCAUACGGUGUGGUGGGGCUGGCCCUGAGUGGCCCUAAGGUGCAGGGGGCGUCUGUGCUCUUGGACCAAGACGUCAGCAACUCAAAGGCGGCUGAAGCCACGAUCGGGCGGCUAAAGGCGGCCAAAAUUCCAGAGAGGAAUACCCUAGGGUUCAUGUUCGCCUGCGUGGGGAGAGGCCAGAACUACUACAACAACCAGACCAACGUAGAAGCUGACGCCUUCCACAAGGUUUUCCCCAACACCCCGCUUUUCGGCCUUUUCGGCAACGGUGAGAUUGGCUGCGACCGAAUCAUUAAAGAUGACUACACGCUGUGCGACACUGACAUGGACAGUCUGCAGCAUGAGUACACUACAGUCAUGACCCUGGUCCAUCUAGGCUGACUGACCUGCUGUCACAAUGGACAAACGGGAAAAAAGACCCACCGCAUUCCUGUUUGCAACAGUGGUCGGGAACCAGAAACAUUACAAAAUAUUGCUUUCACCAUUCUGCUCAUAAAGCAAGUCUCCCUUUAGCCAUCAGUGUAAUGGCAUCAUUUGGGAAACUGUCCCUCGGAGACUGUGUGUGUAAACACGGCUUCAUAUUAAAACUGGUGUUUCAUAAAGUUCAGACAUAAAAAGUCAAACUGUUCAUCUCGUGUUACAUUCAAUUGUGAUAAAAAUACAAUGUGUUUAUAUUUUCCCCCAAUUUAACACACAUUCAGGGCAUAUCUUACCCGCUGACAUCGGCCUCAUGGUCUGUUUGCUUUGCAGGUGAGUAAAUUAUAUACACUUGUGUGUCCCACAAGCUAUUGUUAUAGUUGUUGAUUCACCGCAGGCACUUUUAUUCAUGUGAGCGUGGUCCCUCUUCCAUAAAAUCAAGGUGAUCUUGAUUGGAAUGCUCUUUCUUGUUAUGUAGGCUUUAUGAUAUUUAUGCUUCUGUCUUACCGAUGGAAAAACAAAUAAACCGUGAUAGCCUACAAAUUAAUAAUAUUAAUUUUGCAAGGUAUCUAUCUACCAUGGUUUAAUUGGACACAGGGAAGUCGGUCAGAAUCGUACUGUGCCUGUUUUUGUGUCCACAUGUCAGGUUAUAUCUACUACCUAUGGUUAAUGGUUACUUCAUCUCCAGAGCUCCAGACAGAAUAGAGAACAGGGUAGAGCAGCUUCCCUGUUAGCUGUGGAAGUGACACUGACCAGUAGAAACUCUGUUUAACCUCAUUUUACUCUAGGCUCUACUACAGUUUCUACCUGUAGUUGUUGGUGGUUGGAAAUUGAAGAAAUGUCAAAUGUCAGAAGAAAUGUGAUGUAUUCGGUGUAGAUGAUGAUGUAUUUUGGUAUCCUUUGCUAAAGUAAUCGCAAAGGGUCUUCCAUAGUGUAGUCUGAGAUUAACUACAUAGUUGCACGCUUGAAACAGCCAAAUAUUUUACUGAUGCCUUCAUACAAUAGAAUAGUGGUCUCUGUAAAAUCCAUUACUUAUCCAUUAUUGUCUUGAUGGCCCUGUCAUUGAUUAACGUUGCGCUUUUUCUUCACUAAAAUAUCCUGAUGACAUGAAGGUGCAAUUUUCAGUGUAGAUAGAGGUGUGUGUGUGUGUGUGUGUGUGUGUGUGUGUGUGUGUGUAUGGGAGGGGGGGGGCAUGUAGUUGUUACAUGUUGAAGUUCAGGUUUUCUAUACACCCUGUUACAAUGGUGUUUUCAAGAAAUAUUUUACUUUAAAAAAAUGAUUAGAAGUCUCAGUUGUAUCACAAUACACCCAUCUGCCCUUAUGGUGUCUGAAGGGGAAAUUAAAAUGUAUUUUAAGUUAGUGUUUAUGGCUCAUUGAACUCGGUUGUUUAGAUGAUAUUCUGUACAUGUGCCAAAUCAUGUUCUGCUCUUUUCCCUCAAUAAAUUACGAACAUUCAGUAGAAA